AUGGAAGACGCUUACAAAGAGGUCUACGAGAAAAUCGCGCUCAAUACGGAUCGGUUCAAUCUAGGUGAUGAGGAGACCUGGCGUCAAAUAUACGAGCCAUUCGUUCCAGGACACUCACCGAGAGUGCAUGUUACCCGUGAUCAUCGAUAUGGUCCCGCAGAACGGAAUGUGCUCGAUGUUUACUUUGCUCCUGAAAUCUCAGAAACCGGAAGUCCUGUGUUAGCUUUCUUUCAUGGAGGUGGCUUCUUUUCCGGUGAUAAACAAUGGAGCGAAAAGUAUUGGGGCAAUAUAGGAAAUUAUUUUGCCCAACAAGGUAUUAUCGUUGUGAUUGCCAAUCACCAGCUUGUUCCCUACAGCAAGAACGAAGUUUCUUCCAAGGAAGCAGAGCGAACGACCAUCAAGUAUCCUGCUGGUGCCGACGACGUGCAGCUUGUCCGAGAAUGGAUAUACAACAAUAUUAGCAGUCCACAAUUUGGCAACGGCUCGGUCGACAAAGUUGUCCUGUUUGGACACUCCUCCGGUGGUGCUCAUGUCGCUAUGAAUUUGUAUGCGGCAGGUGACUCCGAGCGCACUGUGACCAGAUCCGAUGUUUUCCCACCAGUGGCUGGGGUGAUAUACCUGAGUGUGCCAUUCUGGUAUGAUCGAACGCGACCUAUUCGUCAAAAGAUCCUUCAGCGAUACUAUGGAUCUGAUGCCGAGAAUGUCUGGGGGCCUCGGUCUGCACUCGGGUUGUUCAAAAACCUUCCAAAAGACUCAGCAGCUCUGUAG